AGUUUUAACAACAGACCUUAAUAAAAGUUGGUCAGCUUUGAUAACAACAAUAAGCUGAUCAUGAAAAUCUGUUUCGUUACACUUUUUAUCAUUGCCUUGGCGUCUUGUGCCUUUGGUCAGUCUUCCGAUGAGACUUUUGUUGACAUGGAACCUAAAAUUCCAGAGUUCCUUCCAGAAGCACGUAUUACAAAUGGUAGGGCAGUAAGCAUUAACGAUUAUCCGUACCAAGUUGGUCUGAACGUAAAUGGCGGUUGGUGUGGUGGAUCAUUGAUUUCACCAACUUAUAUUCUAACUGCUGCUCAUUGUGUUGAUGGCAUUGGAGCUGGAAGUAUUUUUGCGUUUUUGGGUAGUGUUAUAAAACAAGCAGGAGUUCGCAGGACUGCUAAACGUACUAUUGUUCACCCCAAUUGGAAUAGAAAUAGUCUGCUGAAUGACAUUGCUUUGAUACAAAUCGAUGCUAUCGGCUAUACAAAUACAAUUAGACCUGUUGCUUUGCCUAACAUUUUUAACACAUACUCCACAUACAUUGAUAACUCUGUAAUUGCUACUGGAUGGGGAAAGACAAGUGAUUCAAGUUCAUCAGGGGCAAAUUAUCUCCAAGGUGCAACAUUGACUGUUAUCGAUAAUAAUGUUUGUGCGAGCACCUAUGGAUCACAUAUUAACCCAUCAAACGUUUGUGUUUCAACGCUUGGUGGAAUUUCAACAUGCAGUGGUGACUCGGGUGGUCCACUUGUUCUUCAAAGCAAUAAGGUUUUGAUUGGUCUUACAUCUUUUGGCGCAUCUGCUGGUUGCACUGCAGGUUUGCCAAGUGCCUUUACACGUAUUUCAAGCUAUAGGCAAUGGAUUAAAGAUAUUGCUGGAGUUUAAAUGAAAAGACUGGACUAAAAAUAACUCAAUAUUUCAAAAAUAAAAUAUGUAUAAACUUUU